AAUCACUGUGUUCAAACCACUGUGCCACACAGUGAUCUCUCUCAUUUAAAUGUAAAAGUAUGACACGUGACUUCAUUGUGAAGUGAUAUGAAGUUGGGGAGACCCUCUGUGUUCAGGCAUGUGUGUCUGUGACUGUGAAGCUGCCCCCAUCCUCCGAGCAAAAGAGGGAGUGCAGGGUUCUACUUAGAGAGCCACACAGAAGCACCAGCCCUCUCCUGAGCUCACAUUCCCCCCUUCAGCAUCUACACUAUAAGACGAGCAGACAGAGCAGAGAGAAACGACGUCAAGAUACAUCUAAUAUGUUCUGAAGCUGGAUAUCUCUUGGGCUUUUAAAUGUGUAUGGUCAUAUUUGCUCCGCUUUUUGCCAUCUUUGCAUUUGCAACAUGUGGAGGCUACUCUGGGCAACUGCGGGUUAGUGUGGACUGCAUCAACAAGUCCGACAGCAACCUCAGUAUUGGGAUCAACUUCGCUUACCCAUUCAGGUUGAACCGGGUGGAUUUUGAUGUCCCGAUGUGUGAGGGAAGGAGGCAAGAGCGGCUUUACCUGAUUGGAGACUUUUCCUCCUCUGCCGAGUUCUUCGUCACCAUCGCUGUGUUUUCCUUUCUGUACUCCCUGAUGGCCACUGUGGUCUACAUCUUUUUCCAGAACAAGUACCGCGAAAACAACCGUGGACCUCUCAUUGACUUCAUAGUGACGGUGGUGUUCUCAUUCAUGUGGCUGGUGAGCUCAUCUGCCUGGGCAAAAGGUCUUUCAGAUGUAAAGGCGGCAACUGAUCCGGAUGAGGUGGUUCUGCUCAUGUCUGCAUGUAAGGUCCAGACCAACAAGUGCAGCUCAGUUUAUGGACCCAGAUGGUCUGGCCUGAAUACAUCUGUGGUAUUCGGUUAUUUAAACUUCGUGCUUUGGGCUGGAAACAUCUGGUUUGUGUUUAAAGAGACUGGAUGGCACAAGGGAGGUGCAGUAAGGUACCCUGCCUCAUCCUCAGAAAAACAAGCCACGGCCUUCAACCAACAGGUCUACAAUCAGGGAAGCUUUGAUCAAUCAGGAGGUGCUUUUACUGGAACAGGGGAUUUCGCCCAAUCAGAGUACAGCCAGGUGGGAAAUUAUGGUGGGCCCAUCUCCUACACCAAUCAGUAACAACCUCUGCCUCUUAGUAAUCCCUUAAUACAGGGGACCCAUGUCUUAGGGCAAAGUUCAACACUGAGCACAUGAGAAGAAGGAAACGAUUAGUUUAAUAGAUAGAUCAAUAAGCAUCCUUUAUUCCUGAUUAUAUAAAUAAAUAAAGGCUUGUUUGUCCAGAAUAUUAAUAUGUUUAUAAAACGAAUGACAGGGAUCUUCAUAUGUAUGGUUUUUUAAUUUAACUGCCUGUAAAUGUCACUGAAAUAUCACUGUUUACUGAACAAAAGUCAUUACAUCCAAAUGUGAAGAGCAAUGCAAUAGUUCUUGCAAAGAACACUGCAAAUCCAUUGGUUUUAAUGGAGACGGUGCUCCUGAAGGACGAGAAAUAAUGAAGAGUUUACAAAAGUGACAUAACAUCACUUAGACCAAACUUAUUAAGAGACACUCCAUAUGUAAUUUAAAUAGUGUUCCUGCUGGACCGUAUGUAUCCACAAGUUUAAAAUGAUUCCUAUUCAUCAGAGCUUUUUCAAGUGUGUAGGCAACCUUAGAAUCAACAUUAAUUGAUGUUUGCAACCUAAUUUACUUCCAGAAGGUGAAAUAUUUGACAUAAUGAAAUAACAAAUAUGAAGUUGCUAAAAUAACAGCUAUUCAGUCACUACCCAUCCACUAUUGAUCAACACCGGAAAGAGGCAGAACAAAUUAUAACAUUUUUUAAAAAUAACAUUUACAGAUUAAUCAUUCAUGAUAACAGCAUAAUUGUGCAUUAAGAAAGUAAAUGCGGUCUGUUUUGAUUUCAUGUUGAUUUUUAAAGAAAUAGCUCAAGCAAAAACUCAUCCUCGGGCCAUCCUAGAUGUCGACGAGUUUGUUUUUUUAUCGGAACAGAUUUGGAGAAAUGUAGCAUUAUUUAGAAGUGAAUGGGUGCCGUCACAAUGAUAGUUCAAACAGCUUUUGUCACAGUAAUCAACAAGUAAUCCACACGACUCCAGUCAAUCAAUUAACGUCUUAUGAAAUGAAAAGGAAAAAUGACAAUGACAACAAGGGAUUGACUUUUCAGGUGUUAUUAUGGAUUAUGGACUGGUAUUUUGGCCAGAAUCAAUGCUUUAAAGUUAAAACAGCUCAUUGAUGGAUUUCUAACUUACACAUUGUUUACACAUAGCUUUUCGCUUUCCAAGAUAUUAAUUAAUGGACUUGAGUUGUGUGUAUCACUUGUGGAUUAUUGUGAUAUUUUUAUCAGCUGUUUGUCGGCUGACGGCACCCAUUCAUAUACAUUGGUGAUUAAGUGAUGUAAUGCAAAAUUUCUUCAAAUCUUUUCCGAUCAAGAAACAGAUGCAUCUACAUCUUAGAUUGCCUGAGGGUAAGUUUUCAGAAAUGUUUCAUUUUUGGGUGACCUGUUCCUUUAAGUGUACCUGUCCUAAUGGUAUGACGCAGGUGUUUGUAAUUGACAUUAUAUAACAGAUUUCUGUUUUCAUUUGUCAGUAUAGAUGUUAAGUUACUGUUUGUCUGGUUUCCCCAUGUCAUGCUAGUGCUCGUUGGCUUGGUGUUUGCACUACUGUGUUUCCACAUUUAUAUGGCUCUUUAAUGUUUGCACUGUAUUGAUGAACUGCAUGAAGUUGUGCCAUAUUAACCUGGUUUAAGUUUGUAUAUAAUUUCUAUCCUCACUAACAACAGGGUCAUACCAUCUGUUCUGUGACCUUUAUUAUGAUCACAAGGUGAUUGAAAUACAAUCAACACUUAAUUAUCUUACAUUUUUAUGUGUUUUCUUCUUCCUCAACUGGUCUUUUUAAAUGCAUGAGGCUUUAUUAACCACAAAGGCUAUAGAGCAAAACAAACAAACAAAAAAAUGUCAAUACGUUAAUGUUCUGAUUGCUGUUGCAUUUUAAUGUGAAUGGGUUUCUGUCUUGAUAUACAGUAAUUGCAUUUUCAAUCAGUGGGUGUGAAUGCUUUGAUGCACUUUGUGCAAGGCAAUAAAGAUAUUGUACAUUCCUCUAGACUGAACGCACUGCAGUGUUUUCUGUUCUAGGAGCCAUUAUCGUAUUGAUGAAUCCUCAGUUCACAACAAUGAAUCAGCUGUUUCAAUAAUAUGGAGUUAUACAAAAGAAUCUGAUGACUUUCUGACUUCCAUUAAGUUAAUAGACAACAGCCCUAAUCAAAUCUAAAUUUAUCACGAGCAGACAAUUGCUCAGAAAGUGCAGAAUAAAAGUCUCUCUGAUAUCUUAUUUCUCACGGACAUUGCUUAUAUGAGAUUUGUGAUGACA